GGUUUACUCAUGUUCACUAGUCGUGGAGUUUCCUUUCGCGUGCGUGACAUUUAAACGCGGCACUGCGUGUUACGUAGGCAUAUAAACAAUCACGUAACAAAUCAUGGCUGCCGGGUUGACGAGGACUCUGUCAAAGUCCUGCAGGCAGAUCGCUCGCUCAUGGGGUCACUGCCAGGGUGCAUGGAGGAGCACAUCCACCAAGUCUGCCCUGGACCCUGUUCAGGCUGCCGGGGUGGGUUCCUUCCCUCCUCUGCAGUCCUACUCCGAGGAAGAGAGCAUGAUGAGGGAAGCAGUUAGAAAGUACGCACAGGAGCGUAUCGCUCCCUUUGUGGCCAAGAUGGAUGAGCAAUCUAUGAUGGAUGGAGAAGUGAUCAAGUCUCUCUUUGAACAGGGCUUAAUGGGCAUCGAGAUCGACGCGGAAUACGGCGGCACCGGCUCCACGUUCUUCUCCUCCAUCUUGGUCAUCGAGGAGCUGGCCAAAGUGGACGCCUCUGUGGCCGUGCUGUGCGACAUCCAGAACACGCUGAUCAACACGCUGUUUGCGCAGCUGGGCACCCCGGCUCAGAAGGAGAAGUACCUCAGCAGACUGUCGACCGACAUGAUUGGCAGCUUUUGCCUGUCUGAGGCCGAGUCGGGCAGCGACGCCUUCGCCCUGAAGACGCGUGCGGAAAAACACAAGGACUAUUACGUCAUCAACGGGUCCAAGAUGUGGAUUAGCAACGCGGAGCACGCCGGAGUAUUCCUGGUGAUGGCUAAUGUGGACCCCGCAGCUGGCUACAGAGGCAUCACCUGCUUCCUGGUGGACAAGGAGACGGAGGGCCUGGAGGUCGGCAAGAAGGAGAACAAGCUGGGACUGCGCGCCUCCUCCACCUGUCCGCUCAACUUUGACAACGUCAAGGUGCCGGAGAAGAACAUUUUGGGCCAAGUCGGUCACGGCUACAAGUACGCCAUCGGAAUGCUGAACGAAGGCAGGAUUGGAAUUGCAGCUCAGAUGUUGGGUGUGGCACAGGGCUGCUUUGACCACACGAUUCCUUACACCAGACAGAGGAUGCAGUUCGGGAAGCGGAUCUUUGACUUCCAGGGUAUGCAGCACCAAAUCUCCCACGUGGCCACGCAGAUCGAAGCCGCCAGGUUGCUGACGUACAACGCCGCUCGGCUGAAAGAAGCCGGGAGGCCUUUCAUCAAGGAGGCCUGCAUGGCCAAAUACUUCACUGCCGAGGUGGCAACGUUGACCACGUCCAAGUGCAUCGAGUGGAUGGGAGGGGUGGGCUUCACCAAAGACUACCCCAUUGAGAAAUACUACAGAGACUGUAAAAUUGGAACCAUCUACGAGGGCACGACAAACAUCCAACUGUCCACCAUGGCGAAAUUUAUCGACAAGGAGUUUGACAUUUGAAAUGACGGAUCUAGACUGUCCGAUACGUUGCCGUGUUACACUCCUCUCUUCUAAUAAGUCUACAUGGCUUUCCAAGAAAUGACGCAAUAAUACGGCACAAAACAUGGAAUUAUUGUUACUCACUUUUGUCCCGUUAAAGGGCCUUUUUUUGUUUAACUAUAUAUAAAUAUGGAAAUUAAUGUUGAAUGUUUCAGUGCCUUUUGCUGUGCCCGACCUCAUUAAAGGUAAGUUCAUCCAUC